GGCUCUUGUCUUUUCUGGCUCUCCUUGCUCUCUCCUUUUCUCUUCCAGAAACAUGGCCUCUGGUGUGGCUGUCUCUGAUGGGGCCAUCAAAGCGUUCAAUGAUAUGAAGGUGCGUAAGUCGUCGACACCAGAGGAGGUGAAGAAGCGCGAGAAGGCGGUGCUCUUCUGCCUGAGCGAGGACAAGAAGAACACCAUCUUGGAGGAGGGCAAGGAGAUCCUGGUAGGUGAUGUGGGUCAGACUCUAGACAACCCCUACGCCACCUAUGUCAAGAGGCUGCCAGACAAGGACUGCUGCUACGCCCUCUAUGAUGCAACCUAUGAGACCAAGGAGAGCAAAAAGGAGGAGCUGGUGUUCAUCUUCUGGGCCCCUGAGUGUGCACCCCUUAAGAACAAAAUGAUCUAUGCCAGCUCCAAGGACGCCAUCAAGAGGAAGCUGACGGGGAUCAAGCAUGAAUUGCAAGCAAACUGCUAUGAGGAGGUCAAGGACCUCUGCACCCUGGCAGAGAAGCUGGGGGGCAGCGCCUUCAUCUCCCUGGAGGGCAAGCCUUUGUGAGCCCCCUCCAGCCCACUGCCUGGAGCAUCUGGCAGCCCCAGACCUGCCCAUGGGAGUUGCAGGCUGCCCCCUUCCUGCCAGAUAGGAGGGGCUG